AUGAACCAGGGAACAAUUCCCCGUUUCCGUUUCGCAUCUGCUCCCCAAUAUCACAACCUGUCCGUGUCUCUGAGACAGGACCAUGAGGAGCUCCAGGAGCGGCUGAAAGAAGUCUUUAAGGAGCGAAGCACUAUCCUCCGCCAGCUCACAAAGACAUCCCGGGAGCUGGAUGGGAUUAAGGUCAACCUUCAGUCUUUAAAGAAUGGUGAGCAAUCUGCCAAAACUGAUGUUCAGAAACUUCUAGAAUUGGGCCAAAAACAAAGAGAAGAGAUGAAGUCUCUCCAGGAGUCCUUGCAAAAUCAACUUAAAGAAACAUCUGAGAAAGCAGAGAAACACCAGGCAACUAUUAAUUUCUUGAAGACUGAAGUGGAAAGAAAAAGCAAAAUGAUCCGAGACCUUCAAAAUGAGAACAAAAGCUUGAAAAACAAACUCCUAUCGGGAAGCAAGCUCUGUGGGAUUCAUGCAGAAGAGUCGAGAAAAAUUCAAGCCCAGCUGAAGGAACUUCGUUAUGGGAAGAAGGAUUUAUUAUUUAAGGCCCAACAGCUUACUGACUUGGAACAAAAGUUAGCAGUAGCCAAAAACGAACUGGAAAGAGCUGCUCUCGACAGGGAGUCACAGAUGAAAGCAAUGAAAGAGACUGUGCAGCUCUGUCUGACCUCAGUUUUCCGCGACCAACAUCCGCCUCUGAGUCUGGUCACAUCCAACCCUGCCCAGCUCUCCCUUUCACCCAGGACGUUUGCAGGGAAGACUCCAGAAGCAAGGACAAAGAGCCAGGAAAGUGUUUUGGAAAACAAGGAGCACUCUCAAGUUGAUGCAACAAAAGAAAAUCCAAGUUCCACUGCAUGUGAUACUCAAGAAGAAGGAAAGACCUGUUCAAUGGAGCAGAAAGAAGGCCCUGCAAGAAAUGCCACUGCCGAAUCGGAGCCAGCCCCACAGAAAUUGCAAAUGCCCCCUUGUUCUGAAUGUGAGGUGAAAAAACCCCCGGAAAAACAGAUAACCAGCUUUGAAGGCACAGCACCCAGAGAAGAAAAAAUACUGUAAAUACCAGGAAUCCACUUUGAAAACAUCCAUUUGCUAUUGUCUUCAUACUCUUUUUAGACUACAGGCUUGAUGGAAAACUAAGUUUCUAAAGCAUGCAAUUUUUUCACAAUUUUAUGUAACUUUAUAAAGUAGUCCACAAACUUUCCAAAAGACUCCAGACCGAUUAUGAUCCUUAAGCAAUAACCUACUUGAAAUGGAUUAAUGCAGUCAUAUUUUACUGUCAUCACUAAAUUGCUAAGCAUAAAUUGGUAUAUUUUUAACGAACAUGCAACAUCACACUUGAUUCUUCUUGUUCAUUUGGAUGCUGGUAUUUCUACGUUCUAGGUAUUGAGAUCAAACAGAGAAUAAAAUGCUAUUAAUCCUUGGGAUUCUUAGAAUCCAAAUUGUAACCACAUCCUAAAGGUUUGGGGCCAUUCCAGCAAAUUGGGGUCUGUAUCCUUCAAAUUUGGAAUUUUUUCUACCUUACUAUAUUCUUUUCUAGAUGGUGUUAAUCAUAAUUCUUACUGUUUUGAGCUAAUUUUGUCUAGCUAUGACAAGACAACUCUGACAAGGAUGCAUUCAGUUAAUAGAAACCACUGAAUAUGUUUGCAGUACUGAAGACAAACUAUUUGGAGAAAGGAUAAAAUUUCUGACACAGUUGAAAUUUUCUUUUCUGCAUUCUAUAGUCUCAUCUUUUAUGUACAUCUACUAAUAUUAUGCCAAUUUGGAAAUUGAGUUGUUUGAAAUACUGUGAUUUUAUUUUAACAAAAUUGGGUAGUAGAAUUUAGGGUACAGAGAAGUCUAAAAUACAAAUAUGCAACCUGAUGGAUAUACACAUAUAUAUAUUUCGAAAUGGGCAUUUGAUGAAAGUAAAAUACCUGUGUUGACCCAACGACAAUAAUCUCCUUUAAAAAAAAAGAAAACUCUUGUAGUGAUUAAAACAAGUUAGUAAUGUUUGUUUUAAUCUUUGAAGCUAGGUUUCUGUGUAAGAAUAUCAACAAAUAACUUCAUAUGUGAAUAGUCAGUCUUAUUAUAGCUCACCAUCAGAAGGGGCUUAAUCUUGAAUAAUAAUUCAUAUCUGAUAGAAUCAGGAGUGAAUCAAAUCUGCAAACUCAAGUUAAUGGAUUAACGGAUGUAGGUUAUUUGUACUAUGUGCAUUCACUUCUGUUUGCACCAAAUGAAUUCACAUUAAGUAAGUGCAAAAGGGAUAUAAAAAUCAUUGAUUUUACUGAAUGAGUCUGCUAAUCAACAAGUUCAUUUGUAUCAGUGUAAUCUAGAAGUGAGUAAAUAAAUAUAAACUAAAUGAAAUCUGUAAUCAAUGUCUUAAAUCCUGAGUUAGAACAGCGUACUUUAGGUCCCCGUGGAGUAUUCCAACCAAUCUGAGAGAAUUACAAAGUACCAUUAGCAGUAAGAGGAAUAUUGCGUUAUAUUAACAUAGCAAUUCUACUGGCUUUGUUCAGGGUCCUUUAUCAGUACUUUUCGCCUAAGUGUCCAGUUCAGAAAGAAAGAGAAGCGACUUCAUAGAUGACCGAUAUACUUUUCAGAGGAAGUACAGAUAACGAGGGGAAAAAAAGAAAGGUUUGGUCUGAAUUUUCUGCUGAGAUUUUCCCAGCUCUAAAGAACAUUUAAUGCUGCAUGGCACCAAUUUUCUAGCUCCUGGAUUCCUGUUCCUCCUCUAGGUGCCCUAAACUUUUCCAGGGAUUUACAAAAGAGAAGCGGAUAAUUUCUGCUUCGUUUAGUUACUUUCCUACGCCUGCCACGGCUCUAACUUUUCCUCCCAGCUCCCGUGGUUCCCAUGGAAGGUUACAAUCUCGCUGUAACCCUGGGUUAUUUGUGACACUUCAGAUCAUUAGGAGACAGUGUUGAAAAACGGGGAUGUGGCUCAGCAUCAGUCAAGUUUCAAGAACUUUAUUUUACAGUUGUUUAUUGAGUUUGUCUCGUGGUUUUCUAUUCUAUGUAGUACACGAUGAAAUAAUCAGUUCGUUUUUCUGUUUCUGCAAUGAUUAAAUGGCCUCUCAAUCACCAUAAUUUAUUUUCCCCCCUUAAAAUAUAUACACUUAAGGAUCCCUCAGAAUUUAGUCGGGUAUACAUAGUGCAUAAUAUGCACCCCUUCUAAAAAAAAAAA